AUGUAUUUUCUCAUACACCAGGUGUUCUCAUCCACCUGCGGGUUGUGUGAGGUCAAAGUGUACGGAGAGUUGGCCCCCCCUCCCCCCUCCAUCAGCACUCCGGGGGUGGGGAUGAACGUCACCCUGGUGGGGAAGCGGCUGUGCUGGUCAGACGCCCUGUUCUACUGCAGAGACUAUCACUGGGACCUGCUGACUCUCAGGGGCCCGGCGGAGCAGGAGAUAGUUGACGAUCUGGUGGCUCGUGCCCCCUUCACACCAACCAGCCAUCUCUGGGUGGGCCUGCGCAGGUCUAUUCUAGGAAGCUCUUGGUUCUGGAUGUCCGGUGACCAAAUGGACUUCACCCAGUGGGACGAGGCCUCACAGGAGCCCAGCCCAUGUGGGGGCAUUUCCAGGACAGAACGUUCCACGUGGAGGCAACGCUUUUGUGGGGAACAUCUCAACUUCAUCUGUUUCACAGGUCCGACAGGAGGGAAAAAGGUGCGCUUCUUUAGUACAACAAGAGUGAAACCAACUUGUAAAAACUAGGUUUGUCUCGCUGGAGAAUGCAACUACUGAUUCCCAAGUAGUCAUACGUAGUGGAGAUUCUGAAUGCUUUAGCACAGAGCUUGUCUGUGGUAGCUAACCAGUUCUGCAUUUUGUUUACAAACUCACGGAAGAUGUAUAUCCAUGGAAUUAGUGCUGUAAUAGCUUGAACGUGUAAAAGCGUAGGUAGAAGUAAUUUAUUUACUUUAGAAUAUAAUCAUUGAACAUCCAUAUGAGCAGAUCUGGUUGACGUUGCAUUAGUCCUUUGAUUGAAAUGUGGAGAUUGU